CUCCAUGUCCACCACAUAAAAGCAAGAGCCCUACCAAUAAAACCGAUAAGCCUCGCCGUCGUCUUCCUUCAAUCAUCUCCCGUAACAAUUAACCAGAAAUGAUCUCACUCAAACCCUCCCCUCACCACAACGGAUCCUCAUUUCUCUCCAAUUCUUCAAAUCUUCAUCAAAAACUCAAUCCAAUUACUAGACUUCGGUCCAAUUUCCCCCCUCCAUUCCGCACCAAAACGACCUUUAGAAUCCGCGCCGAACAGGCCGAAUCAGGCAACGGCGCUCAAAGACGAACAUUCUUGACUCUCGAAGAGGCCGGCCUCGUCGAAGUAUCCGGCCUCAGCACGCACGAACGAUUUCUGUGCCGUUUAACCAUCUCGUCUCUGAAUUUACUGAAAGUGAUAGCGGAGGAAGAGAAAUGUUCUAUCGAAGAGUUGAAUGCGGGGAGAUUAUGCGACUGGUUUCUCAAGGAUAAGCUGAAAAGAGAGCAGAAUUUGGACUCUGCCGUUCUUCAAUGGGACGAUUCCGACCCUCUCUUCUGAGGUUUUCCUUUCCCUCCUCCUAUCCGAGCUUUACUUCUCAGACACAUGAAUUUCUAUUUAUUUACCUGUUAACUUAUUAAUUUAAUUGUUAUUUUAACAUUUUCACUUCAUUAUUCAAAAGCUUGUGAUUUUUAGAAAUAUAACGUUGGUGUUUAAAUUUUAAUUAAAU